AUGCCCGAGCUUUCCAGUAUUAAACUUUCGGAAAUUGAAGUUGUUGGAGUUCUUCGCAAAUUAAAUUCACGAAAAGCGUGUGGUCCAGAUAACAUUCCGAACAGACUGCUGAUCGAACUUGCGGACGUUAUUGCACCUUCGUUAUGUGAGAUAUUUAACAUGUCAUUGAAUCUUGGUGUAGUACCUCUUAAAUGGAAAAUGGCGAACAUUACACCC